AUGCCCGAGCAGGACAGCCUCUACCCAUUGACUCACCACUCUUCCUUUGAGAAGCUGCAAAGCACCGGCCGGCCGUGCCCGGAGCCGGACUUCGCUGGGGGCCCGGGCUGCGCUUGCCCCUGGUCCGCCCCCGCCGGGGUUUCCAAGGAGACUUGGGCUGCCGUCUGCGCCGCGGAGCCGCCGCACCACAGCCAGGGCCGGCGGGAGGCUCGGCCGCCGGGCCAGUUCUGCAGCCCGCAGCUCGGUGCCCAGGACGCGGCGUGGCGGGGAGACCAGCUGUCCUCCCAGCUCUACAGAAACAAGCAGCUUCAAGAUACUUUGCUUCAGAAGGAAGAGGAACUUGCUAGGUUACAUGAAGAAAAUAAUAACCUCCGACAAUACCUGAAUUCUGCCCUGGUUAAGUGUUUAGAAGAAAAAGCCAAGAAACUGCUAUCCUGCCAUGGCCAAAAAACCUGUGCUAGUCUCAAAAGCACCAAGAGAAGGUUAAAAGAGGACCACUGCUUUGUUCCUCAGGAAACUCCUCAUGCUUCCAAAGCUAGAAGGAACCUCUUUAAUGAAUUCACUGCCUGUGAAGAGCAAACCAGCCCUACUGUGGACAGCUGGGUCUUGCAGACUUUAGGAUUAAAAGAUGUCAACACCAUUGAUGAAACUUCAGCUAACUACAGUGCCCUGGCCUCAGACCUUGGAAAAGACACGUACUGCCUGAGCCCUGGUGAAGCGAUAGACUAUGACCAGAGUGAAGGAGCAGCAGCAGCGUAUGGCUGUGGCCACAUGCCCCCAGCUAACAGCAGUACCCAUCCAUGCAGUGAGGACUCUUCCUUCCUUCCUCAGUUUUCUUCAGCACCAUGUGUUUCCUCAUCAGUGCCAAGCAUUUCCUCUCUCCCAGCCUACGGGUUGCCUUAUUUGACUGGCAAUUUUUCGCCCAAUAAAACAGAAGUGGCCUUCACAACAUCUUUAAGUCCUCACCGCAAUGUGAGAACGCACACCUUCCACCAAGGACAAGCCUUCGUGCGCAGGGAUGAUGAUGGAGGAUGGAGAUUCACCUGGGUGCCCAAGCAGGCUGAAUAAGGCACCUGCAUCAAGGGUCAGCUGUAGGGGAUGUAGGAGGCAGACAUUUCAUCUUGUGCUUAAGACAGGUUCAGGCAUCAAAAAUGAGCCCUUCUGAGCUCUGAUAAAUGCUACUCUGUCACCUACCCACACCUCCUUCCCUCCCAGAUUUUCACAGACGUGGCUCCAGAUUGCACUUGGGCAAUUAUCUGCCCCAGGCCAGAUGUACAAAUUGGAUCAACUUGUCUUGUGUCUGUGUUGACAUACCUGCUUUUACUUGCUUCAUUGUUUUUCUGUCAUCAGCUGUUCCUCGUUAACUGGUAGUUUCCAGGCUGGAGUGCUUUCAGCUUUGAUGAUCACUCCCAUGUGCACCAAACUGGAAAGCAUUUUGGGAAUACAGUUUGGAAGUAGCACACCUCUCACCCACAGAUGACAAAGGAGGCAUAGGUUGGAGUCCAAGCUUCAGCAGUGUCUAAGUGGUUUGUGUCUCUCUUGGCUACACAGAUUGCCUUGGAUUAAGGCAACUAUGGGUGUGUGUUAGUGUGCUACACUAGGCUGACCUACCUGCAGUCACGUGGUGCUGUCAUUCUUUGACGAUGCCUCAAAAUAAACAGGAUUUGCUUCUAUUGCCUGGAGGCUACUUAAUUACAAGUAAUUCAGCAAGUUCAGGGGAUUUUCUUCUGCUGUGAUUAAGAGACUAAAGUGUUUACUACAUUGUGUUUUAACGGUAUUUUAUCUGUCAGAUAACAGGAGUUUGAAAAGCUUGAACCCUGGAACAGGUACUAGAAUUGGAGAUGCUAUAGAGUAAUGACACUGCCAUCACCAAUCAAGGCCCUGGCCCAAUGCAUUAGUGGCAAAAUUUUUCUCAUCUGUGGGUAACUCAGAGCACUACUUUAUUCUGCAAAGAAUGCAUUCCCCUUGCCUGCAGCCUCCCACUAGUCUUUUGAUGGAUUUUAUUCCAUGUUUACCGCCUGAUGUUGGAAGCUCUUAUAAACGGGAGUCACUCCUAGAUCCUAGCAAUUUCUGUGGGUCCAGUGGAGCUUUUGUUUGCAAUGUCAAGAGCUGCACUCAUGAAACUGGAGAUUUUCUUUCUA